AUGUCUGGAUUCUUCUGGAACAUCAGAGGGUUUAACAAAUUUUCAAAACAUCUGGUGGUGAAGGAUUGGGUUCGAAACUGGGGUUAUCAGUUCGGUUGUCUGAUCGAAACAAGGGUGAAAGAGAACAGAGCUAAGGUAAUUCUUGAGAAGGUAUUCCCUAGCUGGUCUUCUAUCACAAACUAUGAUCAUCAUCAUCUUGGCAGAAUUUGGGUAAUUUGGAGUCCUAAGGUGAGAGUCACACCGUGUUUUCAGAGUGCUCAGAUGAUAACGGUAUCAGUGCUUCUGGAGGGAAUGGAGGAAGAAGUUUUCUGUUCCUUUGUUUAUGGCUUUAAUUUGGAGGAGAAUAGGAAGGAGCUAUGGAGGGACAUUAAGUCUCAUCAAGACUCGCCUAUUAUUCAGAAGAAACCUUGGUUAAUUUGUGGGGAUUUCAACGAAAUUUUGAAUGGAGUGGAGCAUUCGAGAUUCGAUGUAAAUCAUGAUUCAGCGGGUAUGAGAGAUUUUCAGGAGGUUACCAAUUAUUGUUCUUUGGUGGAUAUGUCGUAUCAAGGCCCGAGACACACAUGGAGUAAUAAGAGAGAUAAUGACAUUAUUUGUAGGAAGCUGGAUCGAGCUUUGGUAAAUGAAGAAUGGCUGCUGGUCUUUCUGCAGGCUUAUUGUGUCUUCGAGACUGGAGGGUGUUCGGAUCAUCAAAGGUGUAGGCUCACUAUAAAAAAAGACAGUCUGAAGCCGGAGAAGCCGUUCAAGUUUGUAAAUGCAGUGGCCGACAUGCCGGAGUUUCUACCAUUGGUCAGCGAAUUCUGGUCGCAAACUGAGCCACUGUUCAACUCUACCUCUGCUCUCUUCAGGCUGGGGAAGAAACUAAAAGCUCUAAAGCCUUUGCUGCAGAAUCUGAGUAAGGAAAAAAUUGGAGAUAUCAUAAAGAAAACAAAGGAAGCUUAUAACAAGUUAUGCGAGCUUCAGACCAAGACUCUUGAUGAGCCCUCACAGGCUAGCAUGGUCAUGGAGUCUGCUGCUCUCUCAAGAUGGACGUUUUUAUCAAAAUUGGAGGAGAAAGUCCUUAGUCAGCGGGCUAAGAUUCACUGGUUGGUGAUUGGAGAUGGGAAUAACAAGACGUUUCACAGAGCGGCAAGAGUUCGAGAAGUAAGGAACUCAGCCAGAGAGAUAAAACGCGAGGAUGAAAAGAACAUGCUCAUGGGAGUGGUUUCGGAAGAGACGAUCAGGAGAGUGUUGUUUGGUUUUCUCCCCAAGGGGAUCAACUCAACAAUCCUGACUCUCAUUCCCAAGAAAGAUGAAGCAAUCUAUAUGAGAGAUUAUCACCCUAUCUCAUGCCGCAACGUGAUCUACAAGGUGAUAUCCAAGAUAUUGGCAAGCCGUUUGAAGAGAUUGCUCCCUUCUUUCAUCUCACCAAACCAAUCAGCGUUUGUUACGGAUCAGCUUCUCAUGGAAAAUGUUCUACUAGCGUCGGAGCUUGUGAAGAGUUACCAUAAACUUUCAAUCUCAGCGAGAUGUGCUCUAAAGAUAGACAUUUCCAAAGCCUUCGACUCUGUACAGUGGCCGUUCCUGCUAUCGGUCUUGGAAGCCAUGGGCCUGCCUGAGAAAUUCAUCAUAUGGAUCAAGAAAUGCAUUGAGCUUGCUUCCUUCUCUGUUCAGAUCAAUGGAGAGUUAGCUGGUUACUUUAAUAGUAAGAGAGGGCUGCGUCAAGGGUGCUCUCUAUCGUUGUUUCUGUAUGUAAUCUGUAUGCAAGUGCUGUCGAAGCUCCUGGACAAAGCUGCUCUAGAAAGGCGUUUCGGGUUUCACCCUUACUGCAAAGACCUAACCCUGACCCACCUGUGCUUUGCUGAUGAUGUUCUUGUGUUCUCGGAUGGGUCGAAAAGUUCUAUAGAGGGUAUAUUGGAGGUGUUCAAAGAGUUUGCAAAGCUAUCGGGUCUAUGCAUAAGUCUGGAGAAGUCUACGCUUUUUCUGGCAGGUGUUAAAGAGGAUGCUAGUGCUGACAUUCUACAUCAGUUCCCCUUUGAAACAGGUUCUCUCCUUGUGGGAUAUCUCGGUCUACCGCUGCUAUCGAAGAAGAUGUCAGUGGCUGAUUACGCCCCUUUGCUCUCGAGAAUUAAAAGCAAGAUUAAUUCCUGGACGGCUAGACACCUCUCCUUUGCGAGGUGUCUUCAGCUAAUUGGCUCGGUACUAUACAGUGUCAUCAAUUUCUGGCUGUCAGCAUUUUGCCUACCAAAACAGUGUAUUCAGGAGAUUGACAGUCCCUGCUCGGCAUUUCUCUGGUCGGGUCUAGUUUUGUCUUCGCAAAAGACAAAAAUUGCUUGGUCAGAUGUUUGCAAACCGAAAGAAGAAGGAGGGUUGGGGUUGAGAUCCUUAGAAGAAGUAAACAGAGUCUCAUGCCUGAAGUUGAUUUGGCGUAUUAUAUCCUCCACAUCAUCUCUGUGGGUUCAGUGGAUUCAGAGAUAUCUAAUAAGGAAGGGGUCCUUCUGGAGUUUUAAAGAAACAAGCUUCCUUAGGGUCGUGGAUGUGGAAGAAGCUUCUACAGCUUAG